AUGAGUAGAUGUGCGGCAGACAGAUUAACUAUGGACUGGAGGACGGUUUUAAUGACGCUAGCGUUACUGUACCACGUUGAUGGCUACUCAAAAUACGGUCGAACGUGUAAGGACAUCGGCUGUUUGAAUAGCGAAGUGUGUGUGCUGGCUGAGGAUCCGUGUUCGUUUGGACACUCGUCUAACUGCGGAACGUACCCUACUUGCAAGAAAAAAUCUCAAGUCGCAGGUUCUCAUUCGGAACCAGCUCAGCCAACAGUACCAAGACCGACACCCCAAUCGCCAACAAGAGAUUUCGAUUCACCACCAAAUUAUCCCGCUCCAGCACCACCGUCGAAUACCCAUGGAGGUUCCUCAUAUGGUGGCAAUUCGCCUUAUGGAGGAAGUUCACCAUAUGGAGGGAAUUCGCCUUAUGGCGGAAACUCAGCACACGGCGGUAGUUCUCCGUAUGGAGGGAGUUCACCUUACGGUGGCAACAGUCCCACCUCUCCUUACGGAGGUAGCUCGUCAUAUGGUGGUAAUUCCCCAUACGGAGGUUCUAACAGAGGUGGUAACUCCCCCUACGGUGGUUCCAACCCCAGCUCAGGUUUCGGAUCCGGCGGCAAAAGUCCCCUAGAUAGCAUUUUAAACACCUUGAAUACAUACACGAACGGGCAGGGGGGCCAGGGCGGUCAGGGCCUGUCAAACAUCUUCGGAAACAUCCUCGGAAACCCGGGUUACCAGGCGCCUAACCAAAAUAAGAAUUAUGGACAGAACUAUGCGCGCCAUAGUGGAGCCACGACCAACAAACCAGUGUCGUAUGGCUGGAAUAUUGGUUUGACAGUGAUGACAUACCUCAUAUUCGAAUACUUCAAGAAUGUGAUAUAA